AUGGCAGACAGUAGAGAAUCACCAGCCAUGUCCUCCACAAACAAUGCCGACCUCUCCAUCCUCCACGGCCCAGCUCAACCCGUUCCUAUACACAAAACAUUUGGUUGUCUCCUCCGCGAACAAGCCAAAGCUCGACCGUCUGCACUGCUCGUUGCCUCCGAUCAUCAGCAGAAAUCGUUGACCUAUGCCGAGGCCGACACUCGAUCCGAUGAUCUCGCUCGUGGAUUCGUCGCCUUGGGCGCCAAGCGAGGCGACCGAAUCGCUAUCCUCAUGGGCAACGAGAUUGAAUACAUCGAAACUUUCUUCGCCUGUACCAAGAUUGGCGCACCCGUCACGCUGGCCAAUUAUGCCUAUAGCGAGCAGGAGCUUCACUCUGUCCUGUCAUCGUGCGGCGUUUCCACACUCGUCAUGGUCCCGCGGUUCGACCGCUAUGAUUACCGCCAUUGGAUCCCGAAUUUGAGAAAUGGUAUUCCAUCUCUACGGAACAUCAUCAUAGUGAAUGCAGAUAAAGAGCCUGCUCUCGUCAAGCUAGGGUACAACGACUACCAUAACUACGAAGAUGUGCUUGUUCGCGGCCGCAGUAGUGUCGUUGAUCUACUUGCAAUGGAAACCAAGAUUCACGCCAGAGAUGUCAUGAAUCUACAAUUCACCAGUGGAUCAACAGGCCUCCCUAAAGCCUCUGCCUUGACUCAUAGUGGCAUCUACAACGCCGGCCGCUACAUAGGCAGCACCAUGUAUCUCAAAGCCUCGGACCGCAUUUGCCUACCGGUGCCAUUGUUCCACAGCUUCGGUCUCAUUAUCGGCCUUGCCACUGCAACUGCUUUUGGAGCAUCGCUGAUACUGCCUGCCAGCAUCUUCAAUGUCGAGGCCACACUAUCAUGCAUUGCUAAAUACAGCUGCACCGGUCUGUACGGUGUCACAACCAUGUUCGUCGCCGAAAUGGCUCAUCCUCGCUUCAAGGAGUUUGAUCUCACUAGCCUUCGCUUCGCCAUACUGUCUGGAUCGGCCGUCCCCGAACCGUUGAUGCGCAAAGUCUGGUCUGCCUUUGGCAUCACCCAGACGCAUACCAAUUGGGGCCUUACUGAAGCUUCAUCCAUCGUCACAAUGACCCGUGAUUCUGAUACUAUCGCCCAGCGUACAAUCACAUCUGGCCGCCUGUUCCCCGGCUUCUCUGCUCGAAUAGCCGAUCCUUCUACCGGCAAGACAGUUCCUCGAGGCCAGCGAGGCGAAAUCGCCCUCCGUGGCAACGGCAUCCAGGCUGGGUACUAUGGAAACCCCGAGCGCACCGCAGAGGCUCAUCGAAUCUCUCCUGAAGAUGGCCUGGAGUGGUUUCACACAGGCGAUGAGGGUUACUUUGACCCCGACGGCUUCUUUGUCAUCACAGGCCGUAUCAAGGACAUGAUUAUCCGUGGCGGUGAAAACAUUUCGCCUCUAGAGAUAGAAGAGCGUCUUGUCGCACAUCCUUCUAUUGCACAGGCCUCUGUCAUCGGGGUCCCUGACGCCAAAUACGGCGAGCAAAUCUGCGCAUUUGUCGAGCCCACGGCAACAGACACGGACAGGCCUUCAGACGACGACCUCCGCGCGUGGGUCACUGAGACGCUGGCGUACUUCAAGCGGCCACGAUAUGUCAUUUGGUUGGGCUCACAUCCUGCUUUCCAGGCGUGGCCCAAGACGGCGAGCGGGAAGCUGAGGAAACCUGAUUUGCGUAAUAUUGCGGCGGAGAUGAUGAAACAAGAGGCGGAGAAGUCGGAAGAACUGUAUCAGGAACCUGUGAGGGCGAGAUUAUAA